GCUGCCGCGGCAGAAUUGGGCGGCAGCCGUACGUUCUUAAAGACCGGUCUAGCGUUCGCACAGCCUCACGAGAAUUAGCCAAGUUUCGCGACGAUGGAUAUGUAGUGAUGGCUCGCUAUAACACCGUUCCCCUCCGCCAUUGCAGGUUCGGUUCGCACUUACUGUCCAAGGCGACGGGCAUCUGGUACAACAACGAGAUGAACGACUUCUCGACGCCCCACGGCGCGAGCGUGCACGGCAUCCCGGCGAGCAGCAUCAGCAACGAGAUCCGGCCCGGGAUGCGGCCCGUCUCCUCGCUCUGCCCCACCGUGGUGGUGGACGGAAACGGCGACGUUCUGCUCGCCGCCACUGCCACGGGAGGACCGCUCAUCAUAUCGGCCCUGACGCAGGUGCUGGUGCGCAGCCUGUGGAUGGGGCAUACGGUGAAGGAGGCCAUCGACGCGGGCCGUGUGCACAACCAGCUCUUCCCGAAAGACGUCGUCCAAUACGAGGACACGGUGGACGCGGACGUGCUGUACAGUCUCCGCAAGCGGGGCCACAAGCUCUCCCCGUUCAAUUGGACGGGCACCGUGGUGGCCAUUCAGAGGAAGGCCCCGGGCGUUUACGCGGCCACCGGCGACUACCGGAGCCUAGACAUCUUUGCAACGGACGGGGAGGUGCCCGCGUAGGGAAUGCUGGACGCGCGCUCUUCGCGCACCUUUUUGUCCGUCACGUGGGGCGUUCACUCCUUUACGUCGAGGCCUCGAGAUCAUCUCGGCAUCGUAAUAGCCAAUUUCACGCGUAUAUACAAUCGCAUGUUCGCGCGAACUCACUUACCCCCUAUCGCGCACGUUUACCUUUGUUUCACUCUUCGACUCCUUCAGUACUGGUAACUCUGAUAUAGGGUGCAUUAGCGGAUUCAUUUAUUUAACUACGAAUUUAUUUUGCGUAUUACACUGGAUAUUUCUGCACUUUACCUUGUAUUUUAUAACACCGUGUAUGCAUACGCAGAUUGCCGCGAAUAUUGACGAGUAAGUCUAAAUAUAGGUCCUUAUCUUUUCUUUUUUAGCCUGCUCACGGCAUAUAUACUUGACUUUCUUUCUAAAACAUCUCCCUGCAGCUGAUUAAAUCCGGCGCAGCCCCUCACGUAGUCGAUUUCGAUUUACCGCCGAAUCCAGCGACAAAGGAAAAUCGCUUGAGCAAGCUCAGUGCGUGCCUAUUGCAAUAGUGAUGACUAAUAAACUAACCGCGUGACUGAUUUAUUAAGGGCCAUGUUAAAAUAAUAAACUCGGUUGCAAGCCUAUGCUCGUUUGUCAAUUUACUGUUUGUGUCCCGUCUGUAGCGCAGUUAGUACCGAUGAAUUCGUAUAAACUCGCCCACCUGUCAAGGGCAUCAAGUGGUACAAUAAUUGUGAUCGCGGUCCAGGCACACAACACAGCCAGGAGCCCUUACUCAUUGCGCAGCUAAGCCUGAGGACGCGGGAUCGAAUCCCGACUGCGGCGGCUUCAUUUUGAGGGGGGGGUGGUGAAAUGUAAAAACACACGUGUAUGGUGCAUUAGGUGCACCGUGAAGAACCCCAGGUGGGCAAAAUUAUUCCCGAGUCCUCCAAUACGCCACGCCUCAUAAUCAUAUCGUGGUUCUGGCACGUAAAACCACAUAAUUUAUUGUUUUAUGCCCUUACUCAGCGAGUGUUAGUGGUCGCCAC